UUUCUUCAAAUUAUUCUUCAAGUAUUCCCCAGUGCUUGAACAGUGGCAACUGUACGGAGACAGCAGGCAAGCAAAGCAUAUGUACAUGCAUGUCUGGCUAUGGCGGGGACACCUGCAAACUGAAAGAUGCAUGUGCAAAGAAUGAAGACUGCUUACACAGCGGGACUUGCAAUGGUACCACAACUCCUAAGCAAUGUGUAUGUGUUAACGGAUACAGUGGACCCACGUGCCAGAAUGGUGCCAGUGUUGAGAAACUGUCUGCUCGGUUGUUGGCCGUGGUGACUGUGUCGAUAUUAAUCAAGAUGCAGUUUAUGAGAGAUCUGCCAUGAUCUUUUGCCUUUAAUAGUUCGACAUAUCUAAGAAAAUUGAUCAGGAAAAUAUAAUUUUGAUACUUUAAUUUUGUAUUUUAUUGACAGCACUGAGAUGCUUAUGCUUAGACAAGUUGUGAAUGUAGCAGUAGUUUGAACUGGUACUCCGUAUUCAUCUAUCAACUGAAAUGAUAAUAAUUAGUUGUCACUGCAGCUAAAACAACAAAAUUCUACUUAGAACUAGUUCGGCUAAUGAUGGCAUGUUACUGAUGACGUGGACCUGUCCCCGAGUGACCACUGACGCAAAGUAAAUGUUAUCAACGUUUUGUUUGCAGUGACAGUAGGAGAUUGUGAAUUGUGAUAUUUGUAACUAUUAUUCGUGACUAAUUUAAUAAAUUCUGCAAGGUUA